AUGAAUUAAAAUAAAGAGAAUGAAUAUCUGGUGGAUGUCCAAAGUUAUUUCACCAAUAAGUGCAUGAUGUCAGCAAGGAGCUCGUCAUUGCAUGAAGAGAAUACGAUUAAGUUUAAUCGAAGCAAGAAUUUAUUUGAAUAAAAACAAUAGGAAAAUGAAAAAGAAUUAAAAAAGAGAUGGUCAGAUAUAGCUAAGGAUUGGCAAAGAAACAAAAGAGAUGUGAAAGUAUUCCAAUUAGCAGAAUUCGGCAUACCCAUAAGUGCCAGAAAAUAAGUCUGGCCUCUCAUUGUAGGCAAUAAACUAUAAAUUACCAAAGAACUUUAUAAUAUCUUACAAGUUCAAAGUAAAACAUUUAAAUUGGACCAAAGAAAACCCUUAGGAAGACUGUCUUCAUUUAAUCAUGUCAAAUAAGACCUAGGGAGAACAUUCAAAAACGAAAGCUUGCAAAAGAUCUUUCAUCCAGGAGGACCUCUAAGCGAGAACUUGCAAUCCAUUCUUGAAGUAUUCUGCUUAUAUAGACCAGAUAUUGGGUAUGUAUAGGGGAUGACUUAUAUUGGAUCGAUCCUGCUAACGUAUUUCGAUGACUAUCAGGCGUUUGUUAUCUUUAGUAGUUUAAUAACGCAUCCUCAAUUAAUAUCGAUAUUUAUGCUUGAUGAACAGAAUCUCCAAGUCAUAUUCCAAUAAUUUGAAAAACUAAUCAAACUCAACAUCCCACAAGUUCAUAAACUAUUUAAAUAAUAUAACAUCAAUUGUACUAAUUAUUUACUCGAUUGGAUCUUGACUCUCUUUGCAAAACCUUUGAAUCCAGAUAUUGUAGGUAGAAUUUGGGACAGGAUGCUAUUUAAUGGUACUCAUAUCCUAUGGAAAUGUGGAAUUGCUAUAUUGAAGAUAUUAGCUCCAAGAUUCAAGGAUUAGGAGAAAACUCUUUAGAGUUUAAAAAAUCCAGAAAUAAAAGAUGAUGAUUUGUUAUAAGAGAUGAAGAGUGUUAAUUAUCCCUUUGAGAUUUAAGAGGUUUUAGGUAAUAUUGAAUUAUGAUAUACUUCACAUGCAUAUAUUUAUUCUCUUUGUGA